AUGAACGAACCAAAGAGUUCAGCUCUGGCUCACUUCCGCAACAAGGCAUUGGCCAUUGCCGAAAGAGCAAAGACUCGCACUGACAUGCGUAUCUCGCAGGUUACAGGAGCUUGGCCUCAGUAUAUUGCUCAGCACUCUAGAGAGCUUCGCAAAUCCAUCGAGGCGCCACUCUGCCAUGUAGAUGACGACGAGCCUUCCAAAGAAUAG